CCACCUGUGAUUGUCGUCCAGAAAAGCACUAGCACAGUGGCACUUGUAUUAGUAGUAACAGCAGCAGGACACUCGGCGACCAGGCAAAGUAUUCAGUCGGUCACAGCGAGUGGUUCUGACUACCGGGCUGGAUUUCGCCGGACUGGACUGGACGACUGGCAAGAGGACGAGGUCAUAUCAGCCAACGCUGGAAAACCCAUUUUUCAUCUGUGCAUGGUUCGAGAACAACGGCGACUGUACUAAAAUAACAGAGAGCAAGAAGAGCGCAAAGGAAAGCACUUUAAAGUACCACGUAGAACUUGGUGUGACUUUUGUUCAAUAUAAUAGUUUUUAGGAAUAAUCAAAUUUGAAGUUUGUUAAUGUGAUACCAAGCGCAAAUAACAAGUUUAACAGCAUGGGUGCCGCCAGUACAGGAGUUGAAUCGCUGGAGUGCUGCAAUCAGCAAGAAGAAGGAUCUGUACGGCCGAAUCAGAAUCAAAAUCAUCUACCAAAUCGUCCACAGCAACAUCAACCAGCUCAAGCUGCAAUGCCUGCUCCACCUCUCCCUAGAGGUCCUGACAACAAUCCGACACUGCCACUAGUAUUGAUCUCGAAUGGAGAAAAUCAGACUCCCACCACGGUGCUGCAACAACAAUCAGUGCCCCCACCACUAUUGAAUGUCACCGCUGCCAAUGUCCCCACCUCGGCCAAUGCACCACACUUUAAUCAUUUUAAUCAACAGCCGGCCCCUUUUCAACCAAACAACCACCUCUUUAACAACAACUUCAACCAGCAGACCCACCAUUAUUCGCAGGACGUCGAGAACAACAACAAUCAAAAUAAUCACACCAACCAUCAUCUGUACGUUAAUCCUCAAGGCAACUUUAAUUAUGAUUACUACCUUCAAACAUUCUUCGACGAGAACGAGUAUUACAAUCGCCUGAACAACAACAAUCAUGUCAACGCCAACUAUGCCGGGACCGUGUCCAUCUACUCGGAAGCGGAAACACCGUUGACGGUUGAAGCCUCCAAUCUGUCAGCGUCCUGUCAGUGUUUGUUCCUACGCUACUGCAAGCACCGAAAGCGCUCCGCUUCUUCCUCCUGCUGUCAUCGCACGCAAAUCGCAACUUCUAAAAGUAAAAAAUCCGCGAAAGACCAACAACAACAGCAGCAACAACCAGAAAAAAAGAAACCCAAACCCGGUGGGGGACCCCCGAGGGGUCGAGGUGCGGCUGGCCGUGGUAUGGACAACAAUGAGUCAGAUCCGUUGAUGCGAAGACCUCGCCGCCGGAAGGACAACAGCGAACAAGACUUGGCCUCAAAACAGCAGCAACAGCCACAGCAACAAAACAACCUACAACAAAACGGUGGAGCGGCCUCCUUCGAUCAGAAGAAACAGCCAGCGAAGUCAACCACAUUGAUUCAACAGCAACAGCUUCCGCUUUUCGUGCGAGUCUCACAAUAAAUGGGAAAAAAUGUGCCUUAAAUGUUCUGUUUUGCUGCUCACGGAUAAUCGUCGCAAGCAAAGCCCAACUCCGUACCAAAUUGCAAACAGCGUAAAAUAAAAACCCCAAAUGCGAAGACGCGAAAAAAAAAAAUGUUGAACACAAAUUACCGAAUCCGCUUUACAUUAGAAAACCCGCAUAAAGUUUGAAGCACAUUUAAAAGGCAAACAAACCACACUGAUCCCUCAAGAUUGAGGAUUGCAGAAUGUCAGCUUGCCUAGCAACUUCUUGACUCCACCCACACCCCACGCUCUUCUUCGGGAAUACACAACACCGCAACCAGAACAAUGGCGAUAAUGAUGUUUUCGGAAUCUUUGUUUUUUUAAGGCUUGGUUUUAUCCUGUGGUUGUUUCGGUUUGUUUGUUUUUUUUUUUCAUCAAGGGUAGAAUUUAUUGUUUCCUUUUUUUUCUGUUUAGACCAUUCCAAUGAAUUGGCUCUGUUUGAGUUUGUUUUAAAAAAAACGUGAUGCUUUUAAAUUUAAUUUUCGGUUCGUGCCCUUUCCAUAAAUAUUAAUGAUGUAUCGUUAUUUCCAGUUUUUUACAAGGUUCUUCACUUAUAGACAUAAUUUAAUUUAAAAAAAAAACCAAAAAAGUGAACAAGAGCGAUUUGGUAACAUCAGUAAUAAUUAGAAUCCUAGCUUAUAAGAUAAGUGUCAAAGCGUUAGGAAUACAAAUCGUAAAUCAGGAAUACGAUAAUCGGAUUGAAUGAGUAAAUGCUUUUUGCCAGCACAGCUUCGAAAUUAAAACUACCCAUCACAAAGCUUCAAAAAGCUUUUGCAUUGUUUAUGAUUUUCAAGCAACGUCAGAAGCCUUCAAAGAAACCAGCUUAAAGCAAUUGUGAACAAAGCUUGUGUUGAGCAUUGUAUUGAAGGAUUGAGAUUUCCUCAUAACUUAACGGGGUAAUCAACGUCAUCUCCAAGCUUCCAAGUAUUAUGCGUAUUGUUUUCUCAGUUUAUAGUGUAUACAAUACUUUCUCUAUCUACAGCAAAUAAGAAGUGCACAAUGUUGUUAAUCACGCUGGAAAUGUU